UUAGUGUCCAGAGGAACUGACAUUGUAGAAGGUACUAAUGCAACCGUUGCUGGUUGGGGUUUGACUGAACCAGCAGGAUCGAUGGCCGAUUAUCUUAUGGCAGUAGAUAUUCCCAUCGUUUCGCAAGAAGUUUGUCGUGGACAGUGGGGAGACUGGCGUAUUACCGACAGUAUGGUAUGUGCAGGUGAACCAGGGCGUGAUUCAUGCAACGGAGACAGUGGGGGACCGCUUAUUGUCUAUGGAAAACUGUUGGGUGUGGUAUCUUGGGGUGCUGCUCAGUGCGGAGGUAGCUUUGCUGGUGUUUAUACUGAUCUUAGGGAGCCAUCGAUUGCAGAAUUUAUCGAAAAAAUAACUGCGAGAGUUGAAUAA